AUGAAAGUGGAAGGAAGAUACGUCAGGAGUUUUACGGUUCGAAGCAUGAGAAGCUUGAUCGAGAGGAAGAUGUUUACGAACAAUGGAAUGCGAUUUGUAUGGAAUAAUUGGGUUCCUCUAAAGGUUAAUUUCCUAGCGUGGCGAGUUACGUUAGAUAGACUACCUACAACAAUGGAUCUAAGAAGAAGAAUUGUGCCUGUACAAUCAGUGGAAUGCAAGUUUUGUCAUGCCGAAAACGAGACAGCAACACAUCUAUUUAUUUCUUGCAGUUUUGCACAGCAGGUUUGGGAAUUCAUUGCAAGUUGGUGCAAAGUCAACUCACUCUUUGCACUUGAAUUAAAAGACUUGGUGGUGAUGCAAGAUCGAUGUCGCGGUUCGGUUCGUUGGAAAAAGGCGGUCCUGUCAUUAACUCAAAUUGCACUUUGGGUUAUGUGGAAGAAUCGAAACGAUGUCACGUUCAGCAAGAAGCAUGCGAACAUGGCGAGGAUUAAGGAAGAGAUUAGAACGUAUGGUUUUUUGUGGGUUAAAAAUAGGGCGAAAUGUAAUGAUUAA